AGCUAGUAUCCAUAGCAACAAUUGGCAGCAAAACAAAACACGAUGAGUGGAUUACCAAGAGAAGUUAUAAAAUGGCUGCAGAGUCUAGACCUCAGCCACCCGAUCAAGAACGUCAAAAGGGAUUUUUCCAAUGGCUACUUGGUGGCUGAAAUACUGGCCUGGUACUAUCCACAUGAUCUUCAGAUGCACUCGUUCAGUAACGGGACCUCAUUAACUGCCAGACAAGGAAACUGGGAGCAACUGGAAAGAUUGUUUCUAAAGGAGAAGUUUGAUAUACCUAAGGAGCUGAUAGAUAACACUAUACACUGCAAGCCAUCAGGAGCUAAACUAUUGAUUGAAAGAUUGUAUACUUUAUUAACACUCAAAGAAUUGAAGUAUUUACCUGCCAAGUGUACUCCUGAUGACUUCACUGACAGGACCUACCAAUCACAGUUACCAUUAUAUGCUAGAGCAACAGCUUCACAGUCUAUUAAAAACAAUUUAGCUAAUACUGAACUAGCCACUGAACCAGAUUACACUGUCUGUUCAAGCAAAGCACAAGCAAUUGUUGAUGUAUACAAUAAGCAAAAACAAAAUGAUAAAGAAUGUUAUCCUGAGCGUUUCUCCACAAAGCCUAAACUUAAAGUUUCACCAAUCAAAGAUAAAGUAGGUGCUGGAACUGAUGGUGUUGAAGAGAUCAGUGUCACACAAUCUAAACCACCAAACCUUUAGAGACAGAGAGACCGUAUUACUCCUAUUUAUCAAAACUCAUAAAAAUUUUAAUUAAUAAUUAUUAAAAUUAAA